AUGGAUCAUGACGGCCGCGCCCUCUGGGUCAAAGGUCUCUCCAGGUUCAGACGUUGGCUGUUUCCUGCUCUGACCGCUGUGGUCGUCCUGGUUCUGAUCAUAGCACUGGGAGCUACCAAUGCGAACACGUCGAGUCGUCUAUGGUCAGCGGAGCAGAGUGUUUCCAACUUGAGUGACAUCAUCCAGUCCCUGAACGCCUCACUGCAGCAAGCUCACGAAACAGCUAAAGCAGUGAAACAGCUGCAGUUUGCUGUGGACAACAACAAGGACCAGCUGAACACAGCCACAUCAUCACAGCAUCAUCACAGCACGUCUGCACACACCUGUUCACCUGUUCACCUGUCUGUCUGUCUGUGUACCUGUCUGUCUCUCAGGGUCGAGGAGGACGGGUGUUGUCCUCUGGACUGGAAACUGUUUGGCUCCAGUUGUUAUUUCUUCAGUGCUUCCACUCUGUCCUGGAACAAGUCCAGAGACUGGUGUGAGAGUCACCAGUCUCACCUGAUCAUUCUCACCAAUGACAAGGAGUGGGACUUUGUGACCCAUCAGACGAUUCCUGAAUUAUUCUGGGUCGGUCUCAGUGAUGGAAGGACUGGGAGAUGGGAGUGGGUGAACCAGAAUCCGUACACCAUCGACCGCAGGCGCUGGGUUCCCGGUCAGCCCAACAGCUGGACCGGCCACGGCCUCGGCCCCGGAGACGAGGACUGCGCUCACCUGCACAGGAGCGGACGCCUCAACGACGCACACUGCUCCAAACCGAUGCGCUACAUCUGCCAGAAACACAGCCUGCGCCCCUGAACGCACCUGCAGCCCCGCCAUGGCUCCGCCCACACACGCUCACCUCAUAUCACUGCAUCAGGUGACAACCAGGAAGUGACGUGAUGUUGAACUCACCUCAGAUUCAGCAGAAGAAAACAUGGCCGCCUGAUUGUAAACUCAAUCUUAUUUCAAAAUAAAUGUCUUUUUCAGAUAUGAACAAAAAA